AAGCAAGAAUUGAAAAAAAUGUAUUUUUAUGAGAGUUACAAAGUAAAAUUUGUUUAAAAAUAAAAUCCAAUAAUAUUAAUUAUAGAGGAAAUACAAUGUAAUCUUAAAAUACGAAUUUUCUUUUGUAAUUCAUCUUUUUAAUUUAUUGAGAUAUUUGAAUUUCCCGCCACAUGUGCUAAUUUUACUGAUUCAGCGCAAAAUAAAAUUACCAAUACACCAUAGAUAAUUUAAAUUGUGGAUUUUAUUCGAAAGUAAAGUAUAAACGUUGUUUGUUCUUUUUAACAGAGAUGGAUAUGUUUAUAUGUAACAAGUGUUUUGCCACACCACAUAGAGGAAAAAAACCAUUUUGCUUGACUCAAUGCGGUCACAUAUAUUGUAAUGGAUGCAUACAACAAGGCAAUAAUAAACAGCAUAAAAUGAUAAAUAUUACUCAUGCUAUAAAUAUAUGCUCAUAUUGUAUAUAAAAAUAAAUCUGUUUUCUCUUUCAUAAUUUAGCUGAAAAACAGUGUCCUCAAUGUCAGCAGAUUGAUAUUUUUUCUGUCGAGUUACAGCAACCAUCAUUAUCGAAAGUAGAGAAUUUCUUUGCUCCAUUGAAUGAAUCAUUGGAAUCAUUACACAAAAUAUGUGGUUUUCAGAAUAAUCAAAUGAAAAUUAUGAUACAACGCUUUCAUGAAAUCGACAAAAAAUACGAAACAUUGAAGUCCCACUACUAUAGCCUAACUCAAAACAUGAAAAUGGUGAGAGAUAAAUAUAUUAAACUGAAAAUGGAAAAUACUGAACAGAAAAAGAAAUUAAUGUCUUUCGAGAUGCAAAAUAGGACUUUAAACUCUUUAAGUGAUGUAUCUACACCAAUAAAAUCUGGCAACAACAGAAGUUCAAAAAUGAGACCUGCAUCAAAUUCAUAUUUUUCGUGUGGGGCGAAUAUGUCGAGUCAAUCAUUUGAUGUGAGAAAGGGAAAUGCAAUGUUCGAAGGUUUUCGUAUUCCUUAUCCUCAUAUAGUACGAUCAGUUGGUUCUCGUGGAACUUCGGAUACCAACUCUACUUACCUUUAGAUUUUGGACAGAAUUAGAACAAUAUUUUAAUUUAUCUAUACAUAAUAAAAAAUGGUAACUGUAUCCCUCUCCUUAAGUCAUUAAAAAUGUAUAAUAAAAUGCGUAUAAU